CCGGAAGCGGGGUCCCUCAACGCAACAUGAAACAAAACCGAUGCCAGCUCUGAUCAGCUCCACAGUUCACGCUAGGACGCUAGCGGCAGAGGAGCCCAGUUCUGGGUCGGACGACGACGACGACGAGGAGGAGGGGAAAAAACGCAAAAAAAUAGACGGUCCUAAGUGUGCACUCACAUCCAAUUCGUUAUACCGUUUAUUCGAAAAGGAAAACAACGGUCAUCUGACAUAGCCGGAGUUAUUUCACCAGAUAUCGCGAUGGCCCAGGAGACCAAUCAGAGCCCAGCUCCGAUGCUGUGUGCUACCGGCUGCGGUUUCUAUGGCAACCCUAGGACUAAUGGCAUGUGCUCUGUUUGCCACAAGGAGCACCUGUCACGACAGAACAAUGGAGGAGUCAGUUCCCUGAGUGCUGUGGGCAGCACGAGUGGCCCCACAGUCGAGGCUUCGGCAAUCCAGAGGUUAGAGGCCACCUUGAAUAAUGCUGCAGCGGCGGCCGUGGCUGCAGCCGAGGUUGCAGCUGAGGCGGCAGCGUCAGCCAAGGCUGCUGCAACUGAAACUCUCAGUGGGAUGUCAGCAACCGUUUCUAUCACACAAAAGAUGGCUGAAAUGAGUUUCUCGUCAGAGGAUAAUGGUGCAUCGGGGAGCAAAGUAGAAAUCGCAGACCCUGUGGCGAGUCAGACCACGGUGACAACCAUUCUUCCCUCCACUGCUGGCAGUGAAGAGUCGUCCCAAGCCCCGGAGCCUCCCAAACCCAAGAAGAACCGUUGUUUUAUGUGUCGCAAAAAGGUUGGCCUUACAGGUUUUGAGUGCCGCUGCGCGAACCUCUUCUGUGGCUUUCACCGUUACUCAGACCAGCACAACUGUCCGUAUGACUACAAAGCCGAAGCCGCGGCCAAGAUUCGCAAAGAGAACCCGGUGGUUGUCGCCGACAAGAUCCAGAGAAUAUGAGGAGAACUUUGAUGUCUGGGGUCUUUUGGCUUUACACAAAAUGGACUUGAGCCCAACCUUCUGUGGCGGACCCCGACUCUCGCCAUUAAUAAUAAUCCUGGUUUUCUUUCCGUUGAUUCAUAUCUCCAGCUUUCGUUCGUUGUGUGAUUUAAUUUUGAAUUCUGAGAAGGUGGUAGAUGACCGUUAAGAGGGACAGUGGGGUCGGUCGGUGUUUCGGUUCUUUCCUGUACUGUGUUCUCCUUGAUGGAAAAAGUGAUUUUCAUACAGAUGCCUCGAAGGUUGCCUGAUGGCUGUUAUGAUCCUCCAUAGAGAGAGCGUGGGAAGAUCAGACGCUGGAGACGGUUACUUACCGCUGUUGGCUAGUGAUGCCAUCCCAAUCAUGCUUGCUCUCUGCUGGCAUGAGUAGCAAAGUGAAUAUUGGACACGUUUCUCUUUUCUUCCUCACUUUUGGCCCCUUGUUGAGAAUGGAACCCAUCUGAGAUGGUCAGAUCGAUGCGUCCUGUGUGUUCAAGUCCGUGCCACUGUAUCCUUGCACCCCACGCAUCCACGUUGCUCACAAAAUACUACAAAACUGCCGGCGCGUGCCCGUGUGAAUUUUUAGAAAAGGUCUGAAUGUUGGCAUGCCAGCCUCGUGUUCUUUAGGUCCUUUACUUUACUAACACGACUGUUAAUUGUGUUCUCAUUUCCCCCACUGUUUCUCACCGCGCGUGUGUGUUUUGUCAUAUGACGAGUAGCCUAAACUUGAAUCAUUUGUUUUGCCUUUGACAGGUGUGGUCCCACUAAUAUUUUCCGUUUUGACUUCACUUUUGAAUGUGUUCUGCUGUUUUAAUGUGAGUUGAUGUUCACAAAGUUGGGAGUGUUCAAGUGUUACGAUACGUUGUUUAAAAAUAAAUAUGGUGAAAUAUGGGAAUGGCCGCGACCCUCGUGAGGGAGGAGCGGAUUAGAAAAUGGAUGGAUGGAAUAUGUGAAUGAUUGUUGACUGAGUAUAUGCGAUGAUUAGUGUUUGCGUUUCAUGGAUCAUUUCUGUGGGUGGGAGGGUCUGGCUGCUUAAUCCCCCCACCCCCCCUUUUUUUUAACCUUAUUAGUUAUGCAAGUUUGUACAAACAUCUUUAUUUAUAUACUGCCGUGUGUGUUAUCUUCCAAUAAUACAGAGUAAAUUGUAUGAUGUAAAUAAAAUGUGUUCACAAAAAUUA